AUGGCUUCUUCCAUUAUUUUCUUUGGAUUCCUAGCUUUGUCCUUCAUCCAUGCCCUAGCAUCGGAUCCAAGCUCACUUCAAGAUUUCUGCGUGGCAGAUGAAACCCGUAAUGUGAUAGUGAAUGGUUUGGCUUGCAAGGAUCCCAAAAUGGUUCAAGCUGAUGACUUCUCCUUCAGUGGACUUCACUUGGCAGGCAACACUUCAAACGCUGUAGGGUCUAGGGUAACCACAGUAAGCGUAGCCCAGAUACCAGGGCUUAACACACUUGGAAUCUCUCUUGUUCGCAUCGACUACGCACCAUGGGGCAUUAACCCUCCACAUACACACCCUCGUGGAACUGAAAUCUUGACUGUCAUUGAAGGCAGUCUUGAGGUUGGGUUCGUGACAUCCAACCCUGAAAACCGUCUCAUCACAAAAGUUCUACAAAAGGGUGACGUGUUUGUAUUUCCUAUUGGUCUCGUUCACUUUCAGAGAAAUGUUGGAAAUGGCAAUGCCGUAGCCAUUGCAGCUCUGAGCAGCCAAAAUCCAGGUGUCAUUACCAUUGCAAAUGCUGUGUUUGGCUCCACCCCAGAGAUCCCAAGUGACAUUCUAGUGAAGGCUUUCCAGUUGGAUAAGAAUGUUGUCAAUUACCUUCAAUCCAAGUUCUAAACAAUGUUGAC